GAAGCUUCGCAGGCCAGAAGAGGGGAGGAAAGAGCAGCCGGCUGUCGGAGGGAGCAGACCCCGUCCUGGAGCGCGGGGAACCGGGGGGGCGAGAGGAAGUCGCUGUAUGUGGAGUUUUUGGACAAAAUGCUUUCUCUGAAGAAAUACUUCACCGAAGGCCUCAUCCAGUUCACCAUUCUGCUCAGCUUGAUCGGCGUUCGCGUGGACGUGGACACCUACCUGAACUCGCAGCUCCCCCCUCUCCGGGAGAUCAUUCUUGGCCAGAGCUCCGCUUACACCCAGACCCAGUUUCACAACCUGCGUAACACCUUGGAUGGAUAUGGCAUCCACCCAAAAAGCGUAGACCUGGACUAUUACUUCACCGCUCGCAGGCUGCUCAACCAGGUGAGGGCCCUGGACAGGUUUCAGGUGCCCACCACCGAAGUCAACGCCUGGCUGGUGCACAGAGACCCCGAAGGCUCCGUCUCCGGUAGCCAGCCCAGCGCCGGCAUCGCCCUAGAGAACGGCAGCGGCCUGCAGGAUGGCAGCAGCCCUGACAACGGGGUGAGGGAGAGCGGAGCGGAGCAGGGCUUUGGGGAAGAACUGGAAGAUUUGGGAGCGGUGGCUGCCCCGGUGAACGGAGACCUGACCAAAGAGCCUUGGAGAGGCGUCGACGGGAGGAGCUUCGGUCGGAGGGUCGCAGAACCCAAGGUGAACGUUCACAUGUUCGGCUUCUUCCCUGAUAAUUGCGAGAG